AUGAUGUUACCGUUUGUCAUCAUAGUCGACUGGAUACAAAUUGGCCGCUUUCAUAUUUGUUGGUUGGAUGAGAGGGAAUUUCGUCUUCAAGUAUAUCAUACAAUAUUUGCGAACUUAGGCUUAGUGCAGAGUACUUUGAUUGUUAUUGUCAAUGUGGCGUUCAUAACACGGCUUCGUAUACAAUUCAAGAAGACAGGUGGUGGUGGUUUAGCAUAUAACAAAAAAGAAUUGAAGCAUAUUACAAUCUCCACUAUUCUCUUGGCAUUUUCAAUGUCUUAUGUGUUGACCGCUUUACCACAGACUACAGUUUAUUUAUUGGCAUUCCUAUGGUCACAUUCGAAAGGAAACAUGAUACCAGAAAAUGAAGUAAGUGUCAGAAUGAUGUACAAUUUGGCAGAUAUAGGAUGGAAUAUUCAUUUUUUACGAGAAUUAGUCGAUUUGUUCAUGUAUUUUGUUUAUUUGAAGCCAUUACGUCGUACAAUAAUACUUAAAACUAAACAGUAUAUCAAAACAAUCACUCACUAUGAUUUAAACUCGUCUGACCAUAUACCGGCAAAGUAG